GUUCUAUUUCCAAUUUUCAUUUCAUAUUUAACACAAUGGAAAGCAUCUUAGAACAACAAAGAAAAGCUCAUGAAGAAAUUGAACGUUUAGAACAAGCUAUUGUAGAUCAAUUUAUUAAGGAAACAAAAUCUGUUGGUUUGCAACAUAAAGAAAGAUUAAUACGAGAGCAUAGAGUUAGCGAUUUCCUUGAUAGAAUUAGUUCCAGAAGUAAAUUUUUACACGAGUUAUAUGAGGAUACUGACGGAGCACGAAAAACUGAAAUCGAUGCUUUAUCUGGUACUUCAGAAUUUAGUGAAUUUUACGGUAGAUUGAAAGCAAUUAAAGAUUAUCAUAGAAGAUAUCCUAAUGAAACUGUUGAACCUUUGGAAUUGGAAUUUAUUAAUCAGUCUAAACAAAAUGGAGAUGAUGAUGAAAUUGAUAAACUUUUUUCGGGUGAAGAAGGGAGUGGUCGUUUUUUAGAUUUACAUGCUCUUCAUGAACAAUACGUAAAUUUAAAAAAUUUUAAAAAAACUGAUUAUUUAACUUAUUUAAGUGAAUUUGAUCACUUUUCGGAUUAUCCAAAAGAACAUAAAUAUAAUGGAGAAUAUCUCAAAUACUUGAAAGAAUUGAAAAAUUAUUUAGAGAGUUUUUUCAAAAGGGUUAAACCGCUUUCUAAUUUAGACGAUAUAAGGAAUGAGGCUGAAAGAGAAUUUAAUGAAAAAUGGGCACAAGGCAAAGUUCAUGGGUGGGAAAAACAAAUUGGUGCAGAUGAUGAUUCUACUGAUUUGUUUUGCGUGGCAUGUAAAAAAGCUUAUUCAAAAAAGACUGUAUAUGAUGCUCAUUUGAAAAGUAAAAAACAUAUAAAAUCCGCAAAAUCAAUGAUAGAGAAAGGAAUUACAUCAGUAGAUUCAGAAACGUAUGAAAAAUUAAAAAAAGAAGUAGAUGAAGGAAAAGAUAAACGUGAAAAAGAAAUUGCAUUUACUGAAGCAUUGAUACAAAAAUACGCUGAAGUUUUAGGUUCUCAACGUGAAGAUACUAAAGCCAAUGUUGAAAGAAAACGAGCUUUAACUGAUCGUGAACGAAGAAUGGAAUUAGAGACGGAAGAAGUGGAUGAUGUAGAAUCAGAAUCAGAAGAUGAAGAUAAAAUUUACAAUCCACUUAAAUUACCUCUUGGUUGGGAUGGUAAGCCAAUUCCAUAUUGGCUUUAUAAAUUACAUGGUCUUGGUGUUGAGUAUCCAUGCGAAAUUUGUGGCAAUUACGUAUAUAUGGGAAGGAAAGCAUUCGAUAGGCAUUUUCAAGAAUGGAGACAUGCUCAUGGAAUGAGAUGUUUGGGAAUACCUAACACCCGUCAUUUUCAUGAAAUUACAUUAAUCGAAGAUGCUUAUGCUUUAUGGGAGAAACUCAAAAGUACGGGUAAAACUGAUGAAUUUAAAGCAGAUACGAUGGAAGAAUUUGAGGAUCAAGAGGGAAAUGUAUUUAAUAAAAAGACUUACGACGAUUUAAAGAGACAAGGAUUAUUAUAAUAAUUUCAUUCAUAUAUAUUAUAUACAGUAUAUAUAUAAAGAUAGACAAGCUUAAAGCUUUAUUAAUCAAUAUAAGGCAGCUUCAUAUAAAUAAUACGCGAUUUUUUAUUAUUAUAUCGUGAAUUUAUUUAUUAUGCACGAAUUCUUUUAACAAUGACAAAAAUUACUUUUUUUUUUUAUUUAUUGAAUAUUUUUUAUACAAGCAUUUACUCAUCAUCUUCAUUUAAAGUUAUUAUUUCGCGAUCAUUUCCAUUUCCGGCCAGUCUCAAUAUUCCUUCUUGUUCUAAAGAAUUUACCAUGGUCUCAAAUUGUUUUUCGUUAAUUUUCUAUGUAAAAUAAAAUAUAUAUUAAUGGGCUUUUCAUGAAGUUUCAUAUGUUUUCUUGUGUUAUUAUUACUUACUACAUCAGAUUGUUCGUUAAAAU